AUGUCGAACGGGGCCAUAGUGAAGAAGGCUGGGAAGAUGGAUGGCGGCGAGGACGCGGUGCUUCUCACCCGUCUCCCAAAGUCGGCUUCUCCAACGGUCACUUCCUUUACAAGAACCACAUCACCGCCCCUCAUUUCACGUCGCCCUGGUGCUUUGCAGGACGAACACACCAACAUUCUUCGAGGCAUGAAACUGAGCAAGAACACUGACCUCUCACUGGACAGCAGGCCUCGCUCCAACUCCCGAGCGCUCGAGAAGGGCAAAGAACCUAUUCGUGGAGACAGUAUUGGCUCGGAUGCCACCUCUGAUUUCGGCAAGUACAGCAGCGACCACUUCACCCCACGCUACAACAGCGGUCCUGGGCACACGUACGACAGAGUCCGACCUGCCACUACAGACGGCAACAACAGUGUCAACGCCAACGGACGGAAUAAGUUCAGAGCUGGCCUCUUAGUGGCCGCAUCUGAUGCAUUGGGCUUUAAAUUUGGGCGACGACGACCGUCAAUACGACAACAUCCCAUGCCAGUUAUUCUUCCAGACGUUAUCGAGAUUAGUGCCCCACGCGCCGACGAGGAAGUCGAGGAGCGUAACCGCUUACGAGAAAUAGCAGCACACGCUAUUGGCUUAGGACCCUUCAUGGUGUCACCAGGGUCCCACUCGCGCGACGAUAGUGCGACGGACGAGGAUGACGAAGACCAAACCCCCAUCCUUGACUCCGCCGAGAUGAGACCUUUAGGUUAUAUGCGCAACUCCGAGUCUGCACCCAACAUUGCCGGAAGAUCACCCCAUGGCUCCAGUCUCUCUAUUGCGAUACCUCAAACACAACCACCGCCCAUAGGCCGAUAUCGUUCAGGUUCUAUACUAGCCCACAACCCAUCCACCCCCACAGCUAUUGCCCCUAUACCCCCAUUCCCAUCAACAGUCGCCACUCUUACCUCCUUCCGCCAAACGGCAGGUACUUAUCACAAGUACUACCCCCCUUCGUCCUUGCGAAUUUUUGCCUUGUCCAAGAGCUGGAAAAGUAGAUAUCUAGUUCUAUCGACACCAGCAACCUUGGUUACGCGAGGGCAAGGCCCUGCUGUCUCCUACCUGCAUUUGUUCAAAUCAGGAAACCCUGACGAACAAGAGCUUGAACGUCUCGAAAUCAACGAAGAUAGCGUUGUUUUCGUCUCCGAGGAAGAGGUUGGAGCUAAACGGGGUGUUAUCAAGGUGGGAGGGAUAGAUGUUGGCGCUAUGCGGAAGGAGUACACUCACGAAGAGGGCGGGCAUAUCAUGUGGCUUUUGCAAAUACCCGACCAGGCUGACGCUCAGCGGUGGAUCACGAACAUCAAGAACGCCAUCCUUGGGCAGAGAACUGUCCGCGCUGGGUUGAUUCCUGCUCAUACCCUGGGGAACAACGAGCCCCGCGGAGAUAUGGAUGUCAUGCUUUCUAUUCGCGCUCAAGGUCUCAUCACUGCGCCCAUUACUGGUCCUCGGUCACCUACGCAGGCUACGACUCCCAUCAACGUCCCGGCGGUCGAAAAGAAUCCCAAUUACGCCUCAUCCAUAUCUUCACGCUCUAUACGCUCUCAAAAGACUAUCCCAAAGUCGUCGUCACCAGUCGGCGCUGUGUCGGCGCUGAAAGGUCUCUUCGCCAAUUCCACACGACCGCGGUCUGCAUCGCGAGCAGCUUCCAUCGAAUCUGAACGACAACAGGAAAGAGCAGAUGGCAACGAGGAGUCCUUCACUAGCAUGGGUAGCAAUCUUCUGAGCAUGCUUCGAUCAAAUACGCCGGACACACAGUCCAUCAAUACUAGCACAACGACCACCACUCGGAUGAACUUGCCGAUCGCUGGUCCUGUAGGACCUAUUGACCGUCGCAUCGAUCGAAAGAUCCUGUCAGACAGACAACCCAUUCAAUGGGCCAGUACUGAGCCAGCGUCGCUGAGCAAAGAUAGAGCCAAUAGGGCAUUGUCUCUUGGGGCACUUUCCUUGCAACCACCGCCGCGCAAGCGUUGGACGUCCGCAUCAGCCCGGCCUCCGACGCCUCCACCCAGCCAGGAUUCAACGACUGAGAACCAGCCUAUCGGAACGGUAAAACGCAGCAGCUUAUCAAUGCCAAGGAGGUCGAUUGACCGACCAGAAACGGAACCACCGUCAAGCCCGAAUCUCUCUGGUUUUCGUUUUGGCACCCCAGAAGAGCCACGACCUCGUGCACCGUCCGUCCGGUCCGUUUCUACAUACGCCUCUGGUGAAAACGGCGUUGGCUUUGAGAGGUCGAGCGUAAGCACGAAACGUAGUUCUGGCACGCGAAGUGCUCGCCGUUGGUCGCGGCAGGGCAUCCUCCCAAGCCGUAUGCCUACUGAGCCACCUCCUCCUGUUCCGUUAAGCCAGACUCUGCAUCCAUAUGCUGCAGAGCGUGCACCUAGUCCUAUUUCGUCGCACGGGAGUCAACAAAGUGUUGUCUCUGGCUUGCCUACGUUUUCCAAAAGGGCUUCUGGGUCAUCGGCCAUUAGCAUUGGCUCUCUAAGUACGACGUAUUCCCAAACUGGUUCUACUUCUCCCAACGUUGUGCCUAUCACAAUACGAACACCACCAAGUCACAGAUCCUCUAUGAUGCCUCCACCUCGGCCUCCGCCUACAUCUGCGCUCCCACCUGCCCCAGUUGAUAUCCAGCAAGAAGAUGCCCAACAAGACGUCGUCAACUCCUUGGAAAUGGCGCCAACCUCUUCUAAAUCGUCAUUCCGUAAUUCUGUCACUAAUCGCACCUUUAGACUGUCUAUGAUUGCUCCGAGCAAGCCACCUCCUUCUACAACGCUACCGCCUCGACCUGACGAACCUGAGUAUCGCACCCACCGCCGUUCUUCGAGCGGCAGUGGGACGAAUGGCCUGAUCACUCACGCUUCCACGAAAUUGGAGUCCAUACCCGCAUCACCAAUACCCCCUGCUAAAACUAUUAACCCAUUCCCACCACCUAUUGGACCUCUACCACCAACGCCAGCUAAUAGCCCGUCGCCUACAACGUCUCAACAGACUACUCAUCCUAAACGUACGACCUCAUUCAAGCAACGACUCCGGAUUCUCAGUGCACCUUCGUCUUCUGCAAGUCCCCCAACAGCCAAGCUGCAGUUCUCGCGCUCGAUGACGGCCGGCUCGGUUACGACCUCUCCACCCGGUACACCCAUCGCGGAAAAGAUCACACCAUUCCAAAACGACCCCAGCUUCCUGCAGAUGCACACACCCAUCCUCGCUCCGCUUCCUACCCCUAAAGCUCUUAUAACAGAACCAUCGGAAGAGAUCGCUGAAGUCACUUCACUCUCCCCACCUCCACGCCGUGGCUCCAAACAAUUGCUUGAAUCAGACCUUCAGGCCUCCCAUGCCCUGAAUAGUCUCGUGCAGGCCGAGGCGAAGUCUGAACCAGCUGACGAGUCCAAACACCCAACGUCGUCUCGACCAGUUUCUCAGCAGAGUCAAGGCUCACAAUUGCUCCUCGAGGGCGAACUUGAACGGUCAGAAGACAUCAAACCCCCGCCGGAUGAGUUCGCAGAGGAAAAGCUUCCUUCACCCGUCGAGGCUCAGCCUCGGCAUGUAUCACUCUCACGACCGGGAUCUGUUAUAUCCUUGGGCAUCAUGAGCAUGUAG